AUGAAGCCAUCUGUUUUGAUCAGCACGCUCCUCGCCAUCUUGGCUAGAGCUGCCCCUGCACCGGUGCCGGCUACAGCUGACGAAGACUACACCGUCACUGUCUACCAAGACAGUGCCUGCACAGUCUCACAGUUCUCCAAUACGUUUUAUACCGACGAGACUUGUUACCAGGUGCCGACGUUUGUUCGCGGCAAGUACGUGAUCUUUCGGUACACCUCGAGCGCACCUGGCGCUCUAGAAUUCUACAGCAAUGAAGGCUGCUCAACUCCUGUCCAUGAGGUUUCUCGCGGAGCAGGAGGGUGUACCGAGAUGUCUGACGUAAUCGCAUCGUUCGAGAGCUUUUGA